AUGUCCUCACUUCAGGGUUUAGAAAUGCUGCAACAAUCAAUCUUCAAAGGAGGCAAAAGAGGUAGAAGAAGGAGGAGGAGGUACAAGGCAAAGGAAUAUGACAUGUCCUCACUUCAGGGUUUCAAAGGAGGCAAAAGAGGUAGAAGGAGGAGGUACAAGGCAAAGGAAUAUGACAUGUCCUCACCUCAGGGUUUCAAAGGAGGCAAAAGAGGUAGAAGAAGGAGGAGGUACAAGGCAAAGGAAUAUGACAUGUCCUCACCUCAGGGUUUCAAAGGAGGCAAAAGAGGUAGAAGAAGGAGGAGGUACAAGGCAAAGGAAUAUGACAUGUCCUCACCUCAGGGUUUCAAAGGAGGCAAAAGAGGUAGAAGAAGGAGGAGGUACAAGGCAAAGGAAUAUGACAUGUCCUCACCUCAGGGUUUCAAAGGAGGCAAAAGAGGUAGAAGAAGGAGGAGGUACAAGGCAAAGGAAUAUGACAUGUCCUCACUUCAGGGUUUCAAAGGAGGCAAAAGAGGUAGAAGAAGGAGGAGGUACAAGGCAAAGGAAUAUGACAUGUCCUCACCUCAGGGUUUCAAAGGAGGCAAAAGAGUGAAGAAGGAGGAGGUACAAGGCAAAGGAAUAUGA